GUUAGAUUAGGUUCAGGUUAAGGUGAAGGGAAACACAAAAGUGUUCAAUACAUCCAUCAUCGACAAACAAGCUUAUUGUGUCCACAAACUCAAGCAGAUUAAGUUAGGAGCCGGCUCAUUCACCGGGAAACAGCUGAUGGAGAAACACACUCCGCCACUGUCAGAGCGCACUACUACUCCUGCUGAGGAUGCGGAGAUUUCCUUCACUUUAAUCCACGUUUAACGGAUCACAAGUGUGUUUUUUUUCCUGCUGCAGCAUGAGCGCUGAAUGCAGCGGUUACUACAGCGCUGACGGUGUGUUUGUGGACGGUUUCUCCUGCCCCAAACCGGGAAAUGCUGCUGCUGUCUACUGUUGCGGAUUUAAUGAUGUUAAGUAUUGCUGUGAUGAUCCCAACAGUUUUUUCCCGUAUGAGUAUGGAUACAUGUGGUGGCUGAGUAUUGGCGCUCUUGUUGGUCUGUCCAUUGCAGCGGUGGUCCUUCUUGCCUUCCUCAUCACCGUAUGUGUCCUUUGCUACCUCUUCAUCGCCACCAAACCCAGUCGUCUUGACAACGGCCUACCCCUCAGAGUGCCAGCAGGAGAUCCCAGUGAGGGAUCCAGUCAUGCGAGAGUGAGCUGUGCCUCUGGUCCACAGGGAUUCAGAAAGCACUUCAUGAGCAGGAAGCUGCACUGUGAUAAUCAGCCGCCAGACCCUGAGCGUCUCUUCCAGAGGUGCUUCACUGCGACUGUCACCGGUGUAAAGGUGGAAAGUCCCUCAUAAGACACUGAGAGAUUUCUCAUUAAAAAAUUGGACCAGCGGUUCAGAGGUUAAGAGAGCCACUGAAUCUUGGAGGUAGACUGCUCUGCCUGGGAACAGCUAUGACAGAGGGAGGAACAACAGCAGAAUUUGGAGUUGUGGUGGUUGAGAGGAGUGAAUAUUAAGUAUUGUAUAUUAAGUAGAUAUAAGAUUGGUCAAAUAAAGAACAGCUCUUGAGUGCU